AAAAAAAAAAAAAGUUGUGUGUGCUCGUGCGUGAUCCCUUGAACAGAAAGAAACGCAAUGGUGUUUUUCACCCUCUAUAACAUCUGAAGAAAGCUAUCUAAAAACAAGUCACUGAAAUGAAUUACAGACCAGUCGCUUUCUUGUUGAUUUUCUCCUUUUCAUACUACACUGAGCACGACACAGUUUGGGCUGCGGAUAAGAACAGCACUGAUAAGUGUGAACAUCCUGUCCGGUUGAAAUUUACAAAUGAAUUUGAAGAACAUUCCUUUCUUGUCGGCCACAGCUACCGCUAUAAUUGCAUACCUGGUUACAAAAGAAAAGCUGGAACCUCCUCUCUCAUCCGCUGCAUGAAUGAAAGUGGGAAAGUUCAGUGGUCAGAAGCCAAAAUAACAUGCAUCAGAGACCCAAAAUUAAAAGGAGCCACAGAUCCUCCACAAGUUAAUAAAGGUAGUACUGCAGCACCAGCCCAGCCCAAGACAAAAGCUACCACUACGAGAACCGCAACAGUAGAAGGAAAAAAAAUAGCUUUGCCUGAAAUGCCGCCUCCCAGCGUACCAACUACUGAAAACAGAAUGUCAUCUCAGCCCGUAAUUACAGGGCAAGAAACAGCAGCUUCCACAGAACUGUCAACCAUCACAGUCCCCUAUGUAAGCACAGCAGAGGCCUCUUCCUCUUCAGCGUCACCACCAGCUCUUACAACACUAAUGCCAGUACCCUCAACAUCAAGGCCACCUCAGCACACCACAGCUGAUAUUACGGCAGGCAUUGUUGAGACAACCGAUAGAGAGAGAACUCCACAAGCUUCAGCCUCACCGUCUCCCACUUCACCAACUACUCAAUACAGAGUAUCGUCAACAGAGCCUAUAGUUACUUAUAACAUUCCAGAUAUUACAGAAAAAUCUACUGAUAUAAGUGUUGGUGCAAAGGCAGGAGGUUCAAUAGCUGCUGUGCUGCUGUUCAUUAUUAUUACUGCUAUUGUGAUAUGCAUUUAUAAAAUGAAAUGGGGCAGGAAUAUAAUUGUAACUCCAGCAUCAGAACUGCAACCCAUGACAAAUCCAGAGCAACCACCACCUGAUGUCAUGUUAAUUUCAAAUGUGCCAGUAACGGAAAAUGGAGACACCGAUGAACAAUGAUUUGUUUCUAAACCGUGUUGCAGCUAAAAAAAAACAACAAAAAAACAACAAUUAUUCACUUAAUAUACUCAUACAUGGGAGACCCUUUUGAUGUUAGGGACAAAUAAACAAAUGGAAUGUGCAAUUAAUUCACUCGGGGUAAUAUGGAUCAAAUCACUGUCCCCAUUAACCUUUUGGUUUAGUGAACUUUCUGAAAAUAAAAAGAAAAUGUUCAUGUUACAAUUUAAAAAUGUAUAUAUUAUUAUUUAUUACAUGUUGAGAUGCUGACAAUGGGAAAAUCAGCUAAAAAUACAUUUUCAACAUUUGUACAAGAGAAAUUGACUAUUUUGAUAGAAUAAAUCUAUUCAAGCCUU